ACGAAACGAGACCUGCUGUCGGAGAACCAACAAACAGCGAGCUCUCAAGAUCUAGUCUGUCUGCCUUACCUAUGUUGCAAGGCAUCUAAAAUUCUGCAGAGCAGACUGUCAUAUCUCCAUCAGUCCACCGCUCUUUCCACCUAUCCAGGUACUGGCUGCGGAUUGCUUUUCCUGUAUCUGAAGUCACCGACUCGUAUCUACGAUUGAUAACCCAGCGGUUGCUGCAAGACGACCUGAUCGAUAUAACCGUCUCUUCGUUGGGCUUCGUCCACAAUGUCUGAAUCAACGCCCGCAAAUGCGCCAAAACCGAGCAGCAGCGUCAAACUGGUACUUCUCGGGGAGGCCGCUGUGGGAAAGUCCUCGCUGGUGCUUCGAUUCGUCAACAAUGACUUUCAAGAGAACAAGGAGCCCACGAUUGGAGCUGCCUUUCUGACUCAGAAAUGCUCGCUUCCCUCCCGGACAAUCAAAUUUGAGAUCUGGGAUACCGCCGGUCAGGAGCGCUUUGCUUCGCUCGCCCCCAUGUACUACCGUAAUGCUCAGGCGGCAUUGGUAGUCUACGAUGUGACCAAACCCUCUUCUCUGACCAAGGCCAAGCAUUGGGUGGCGGAACUCCAGCGGCAAGCCAGUCCUGGCAUUGUGAUUGCUCUCGUAGGCAACAAGUUGGAUUUGACGAACGACGGCGGGGAGACACCAGCUGAGACCGAACGCGAGGCGGGUACAGAGGGCGACGACGCUGACGACAACCAAGAAGAGCAGGAGGAUAAUACACCUGGAGAUGCUCGCAAAGUACCCACACGGGAGGCGAGUACGUAUGCAGAUGAGGAGGGACUUCUAUUCUUUGAGACCAGCGCCAAGACGGGCCUGAAUGUGACAGACGUCUUUACUGCAAUUGCCAAUGCCAUUCCCGAGAGCAGUCUGAAGAGUGGACGAGGCGCUGGCGCAGGCACCGGUCAGACUACGCUAGGGGGUGGCGGCCGAUCUACUGACGACUCAAGAGUCAACCUGGGAGAUCGCGGCGCCGCGACAGCCAAGGAGGGAUGCGCCUGUUAAUAUGUGUAUUAAUUCUCUUUUACAGAUACCGUGUCCGCCGCCUGGUUACAGAGUGAUCUUUGCGUUUUCAUGUUGUUUUGUGGCGUUCUGACUUGCUAUGCUGAUUUUCCUGAGCUGUCUCAGCGACAUGCUAAUGGUAUCAUUGUAUUAUUUGAGUAUAGCAUUCGUUAGAUACACCAA